CGACGGCGCCACUGGAGACGAUUCGGACGCACAUGAUGUGCGGGCGGGGCGGGCUGGCGGCCAAUGGGAGCAUGACAGCUGUGUUCCAGUGGGUGCUGCGAACGGAGGGGUGGAUGGGGCUGUUCCGCGGCAACGCCAUCAACGUGCUGCGCGUCGCGCCCAGCAAGGCCAUCGAGAUGCUCACAUACGACACGGUGAAACGCUUCCUCACACCCAAAGAAGGCCGCCCCUCCAUCAUCCCGCGCCAGCUCCCCAUCCCCAUCUCCUCCAUCGCCGGCUCCUCCGCCGGCAUAGCCUCCUGUCUCCUCACCUACCCGCUGGAGCUGGUGAAGACGCGCCUCACGGUGAACCCCGACAUGUACCGCGGCGUGCUGCACGCGUUUCACAAGAUCAUCACGGAGCAAGGCGUGGGGGAGCUGUACCGCGGCGUGGCGCCCAGCGUGGUGGGCAUGAUUCCGUACGCCGGCGCGAAUUUCUACGCGUAUGACACGCUGUGCACGGCGUAUAGGAAGGCGAGAGGCCAUGAGGAGAUUGAGCCGCUGAUGACGCUCGUGAUUGGCUCCACUGCGGGGUGCUUUGCUGCUGCCUCGACAUUCCCACUGGAAGUUGCCCGGAAACAUCUUCAAAUGGGCGCAACGGGUGGCAGGAUGAUGCCUGCUGCUGGCAUCUCCUUCAUGUGUUAUGAGGUGCUCAAACGCGUGCUUAUAGAGGAUGAAAAGGUGCGAUAG